AUGGCUGACGUCGCAGAAAAUCAAGAUCUACCACCUGUCGGUGAUGCCACCGUAAACCCGCCAGCCGUACCAGAAGAUGUGGCUGCAAUGUUUGAUCUGAAGAAAAAGAAGAAGAAAUCUAAAAAGGUGAAGAAAGAGAAGAAAGAGAAGUCGGAUGAUGUCGAGGAUAGUGCAGAUGCCAUACCCGAUCCCAGCUCGGUUUUGGUUCAGGACCCCGCUACAUAUUCUUAUAAGGACGAAUUGCUUGCGCGUAUUAUGGCCAAGCUUCAUGAGAAUAACCCGGAGCUGACAGACCGCAAGCGACAUACCAUGAAACCCCCGCAACUUAUGCGUGUGGGUACCAAGAAGACGCUGUGGGUGAACUUUCAGGAAAUCUGUCAGAUGAUGCACCGAUCACCCGACCACGUGCUACAGUUCACACUGGCCGAGCUUGGUACCGAAGGCUCAAUUGAUGGCAAUCAACGUCUCGUUAUUCGUGGCCGCUACGUACCGAAGUAUAUUGAGUCCCUGCUUCGCAAGUACAUUACGGAUUAG